AUGGAGAUUUGGUUCAUCGUCCUCAUCUCCCUCUGCAUCUGCAUUUUUCUCAACUCCAUUUUUACCCAUUUUCGAAGCUCCACCAAACUCCCACCAGGCCCUUUCAUCUCCUUUUCCAUCCUCACUAACGUCCUAUGGCUUCGAACAUCCUCCCUCGACAUGGAGUCUCUGCUCCGAACCUUCUUCGCCAAGUACGGCCCUGUACUCACCCUCCGCAUCGGCCUCCGCCCUGCCAUCUUCAUUGCCGAUCACUCCGUUGCCCACAACGCCCUCGUCCUUAACGGCGCUCUCUUUGCCGACCGUCCACCCGCCCUUCCCGUCAGCAAGGUCGUCUCCAGCAAUCAACACAACAUCAGCUCUGCCUCUUACGGUCCACUCUGGCGUCUCCUCCGCCGCAAUCUCACUUCUCAAAUCCUCCAUCCUUCUCGUGUCAAAUCCUAUGCUCCUUUUCGCAAAUGGGUUUUGGAUAUUCUUCUUAAUCGCCUUCAGUCUCCCUCUCAAUCUGGAGGCCCCGUCUCUGCCUUUCGGUAUGCCAUUUUCUGUUUGUUAGUGUUGAUGUGUUUUGGGGAUAAGUUUGACGAAUCUCAAAUCAAUGUAAUCAAGGAAGUGGAGCAAGCGAUGCAGUUGAAUUUCAGGCGUUUUAACACUCUUAAUUUCUUCCCAAAAGUGACAAAAAUUUUGCUAAGAAAACGAUGGGAGGAGUUUCUCCAAUUAAGAAGGAACCAAGAGAAAGUCCUAAUUCCUUUGAUCGAAGCAAGAAGGAAGAUCAAUCAAAACAGAUUAAACAGAGAUGGAACUAAAGAAGAAAUCGUGGUGUCAUAUGUCGACACGCUAUUCGAUUUGGAGCUCCCGGAUGAGAAAAGAAAUCUUACUGAUAGCGAAAUGGUGACCAUAGCCUCCGAGUUUAUCAACGGAGGCACCGAUACAACAUCCACAGCCUUGCAGUGGAUAAUGGCGAAUUUAGUGAAAUACCCAGAAAUCCAAAACAAGCUUUUUGCAGAGAUGAAAGGAGUGAUGGGAGAAGGAUCAAAGGAGGAGGUGAAAGAAGAGGAUCUGGGGAAACUUCCAUAUCUGAAAGCUGUGAUUUUAGAAGGAUUAAGAAGACACCCACCAGCGCAUUUCUUGCUACCACACGCAGUGAAAGAAGAUACAGAGUUGGGAAACUAUGUGAUACCAAAGAAUGGGACUGUAAAUUUCAUGGUGGCGGAAAUGGGUCGGGAUCCGAAAGUGUGGGAAGAUCCAAUGAAUUUUAAGCCGGAGAGGUUCAUGAAAGCCGGUGAAGGAGAAGAAGGAGGUUGGUUCGAUAUAACAGGGAGCAAAGAGAUAAAGAUGAUGCCGUUCGGAGCAGGGAGAAGGAUGUGUCCUGGAUAUGGUCUGGCGAUUCUUCACUUAGAAUAUUUUGUUGCUAAUUUGAUUUGGCGAUUUGAGUGGAAGGCCAUCGAUGGAGAUGAAGUGGAUUUGUCGGAGAAGGUAGAAUUGACUAUUGUUAUGAAGAAGCCUCUGCAAGCCAACCUACACCCAAGGUUUUAGAUUGAGAGUUGAUUUUUUUCUCCUAUUCUAAUUUCAAGUUUCAUAUAUUAC